GUUGCUGUGACAGUUAAAUGUUAAUCGAAAAUGAAUCAAGACAAGCUAUUAUCAGGUCAUGAACUUGUUGCUAGAACUACACCGAAAAUAGAUAUAUCAUUACCAGAAAUUGGCCUUAAAGAAAUAAUUCCAAGUGGAUCUUGGUUAGAGCAAAAACAAAUACAAGCUGCUGUAGAAGCCAGGAAACAUUUAAUUGAAGUUGAACGUAUUGAGAAAAGUGGUACAUUAAGUCAUGCAGUGUGGAGGGAAGAAUUGAUGUUGGCUGAAGUUACCCAAAAAGUCGGUAGCUACUGGCAGUAUUUAGGACACAAUAAAGGGAAACUGUUAUAUCUUAAGCCUGAAGAAGCUUUAUUUCUCAUGGAAAUUAAUUGUCUACAUCUUAAAUAUAAUGAUGUGAAAGUCUCUCUCCAACAAGCUUAUUCUUUAUUACUAAAAGGAAAAAUUACACUCCUGCAGUACAAAGUGUAUGCAUCACUCAGUCGCUUGGGGUACCGUAUUUACAGACAUGAGCGUGUAGAACCCACAAUAUGUGAAACAAAAGAUAAUUUAUCUUCUAAUGUAAAAAAUGAUAACGCAGAAGCUAAAAAUGAUGAUUUAGAAAAUUCUAAAACUGAUGAUCAAGAAAAUCCUAAAAAUGAGUCUCCAGAAAAUUCUAAAACUGAAGCUGAGAACAUGAUUUGCGAUCAAGACACUCCAGUAGCAGCACAAGAGAAACAUAAAAUUAUUGAUAAAGGUGACAGCAAGAGAACAAUAACAGAGAAAACUAAAAACUUAUGUGGGCUUAGUAGAUUACAAAAAUUAAAAAACAGAAAACUAAAACCCUGUAAUAUAAAUAAUAUUCAUAAAUUCUUUGAGAAUUUACCAGAACUAAUAAAAAAACAAAUUGUUUCUAUAAAAACUCCACAGAAAGAGUUUAUACCAAAUACUAUAUGUUUAACUAAACCAGUUUUCAAUAUCAAUCUAGAAAAUAUACACAGUAAAAAUGAUAGGUAUGUUUCAAUGGAUACAAAUAUUUAUACCAUCAAUGAUGAAGUUAAUGGCAGUCAUAUAAGGAGGAUAAGAAAUACAUGCGGUAGAUCAGAACCCACUCUAAUGCCUGCAUACAGUAAUUUUGCAUAUGCUAAUGGAAAUUUUCAAUAUAGACAAUUCAAUAUUUAUAGGCCUAGACAUACAUAUAGUUCUAUAAAUUUUAGUAUGUUAUUCCAAAGACAUUUUCUACCUAAUUGGUUUUUUACUUCUCGGCUACAAUUACCACGAAUUCAAACACAAUAUUGGCAAACCAAUUGCAAUAACGGCACCACAAUUUCUAACAACAAUAAUAGGAAAAGAACUAGGAUAACAGCACAGAUGCAAAAUUUAGAAGAUAUAAAAAAACUUGCUUCCAGGCUAAAACAACUUAUAUUAUUGGGAAAUAAUCAAGAAGAAUUCAUCCAAUCACUCCAAAGACUAAUUCAAACUUAUAACAGUAGAUAUAAAACAAGAGUAAGGCUUAAUCAAGAUUUUGAUGUUGUAGUUGAAGAAACAAUUGUAGACACUAUAGAAUUAGAUGAUGAUGAAGAGCCUAGCAGAAAACGACGUCGUACCGUCAGUCCAAACUAUCAAAUUGAAGAAAAUUUUAAUAUACUUAAAAAAUUAGCAUGUCAAUUAAAAGAAUUGGAAAAAAAUAAAAAGUCAUCUGCAAGACAUCGAAGAGCUUUCUCUAAACUGCUCAGAAAAUUCAACGAAUCUUAUAAUGAAGAAUAUUACUUAAAUGAAAGUGGCGAAUUAGAAAACAGACUAAAAAUUGAUCUCGAUUCAUCAGAUUCAUCCAAUUCAGAAAGCUUAAUAGAAGAACUACAAUUUCGUAAAGGAAAAAAACUAAGGAACCCUUUUAAUAUUCUUAAGAGGCUUUCUGAACUACAAAAGGAUGUAGAUACAGAAGCAUCUACUAGUAAAAAAGACAGUUUGGAAGGAAGAUACAAGGAGUACAGUCCGCUUUUAUUAAAAACAUUUAACAAAAAUUGGUUACCACCGGAAAAUGAUUUCGGGAGAGCAGAAAUCGUUUGUAAAGACAUUGUUUAUAAUGAAAUAACAGACAUGAAAAGAGAGGAUAUAUUGUUUGAUUUUCUUAAAAUAAAAAGAUGUGAAUGCGACAAUUGGUUAGAAUUAAAAAAAACUUUUUUUACAAGUAUUAAAGAGGCAAUAGCAGAAUUUCAAAAUGGCAUGCAUAAUAAUAUGAACAAUAGAAUAAAUUCCAUAGUAAAGCCAGGCGAUUGUACAGAUAUGGCAUCGAUUUUAAAAAAGCUGAGAAUAAUCCAAACAGAGAAGGGAACUGAGGAAUGCGAUCUCGCUAUUGAUUUUGACGUUUUUAGUAGACAAGUUCAAAAUUUUAGAAAAACGCAAAGGCCAACUCCACACGUGUACAUAGUCUGUGUAGAUGAAACGAAACAUAUGCCAUCAGGGAGUCAAAUAGCAAAUCUUUACUCGAAGUACGACACUGAUGCGGUAAUCAUUUUCGCUGUUGUUGGAGUUAGUGCAAUAUCAUAUGUGCAGAUCAAUCCAAUCGACCUACCAGUAUAUGUCUCAAAUGAUACUUGAAUAUGUUAGUAUUCCAUUGUUAUUAAUAGAUAUUUGUAAAAGGGAUUCAUGUUUGCUUGCCACGACUAAAAUUAUCUAGUAUCCUAAAUCAUUAAGAAACAAAAUUUUGCUUUAUAAUAUACAGAUAUCAUUAAAAAAAAAACAGUUGAGUACCAUUUUCUUCGAUUUUUUUUCCCAGUUAGUGUUUUAAAUAGAAAAAAUAAUUAAUAUAAGUAGAAAAAAGUUCGAAACCUGCAAAUUCUUAUAUGUUUUCCUCAAAUUUUCAAUACUUAAUUUGGUCGAAUUUGAUCGAACCAGUAAUAAUAACUGUCACUAGUAUUAAUGGUUGUUUGGUGUUAGUAUAAGAAAGAGCUGCUAUGUUAUGCCAUGUGAGUUUACUAGAUAAAUUUAUGCAAAAAUAUGAAUUUAUAAAAUAUAUAUCUUCCUUAUACAAAUAUACAUAUAAUAUAACUUACAGAUAACUAUUGAUAUUGUUAAUUACUAGUUCCUGUGAAAUGUAUUCUUAAAUUUUGAGCCAAAAUUAUAAUAAUUUACAGCCGAAUCAGUUUGGCGACGUUUUUACGUACUGUCAGCAAUUUAUAGUAAUAAAAUAAUACUUUAUAUAUAUAUUUUUUUUAUUUUUAUAGGCACAUACUUAAUAUUAUACAUAUUUAACGUUAUUUAAGCCCUCUUCAAAAGCAAGUAGUACAAAAAUUUCUCCAUUCCUAUACAGUUAUGGCAUUAAAUUUUUCCUAAACUAAUGUUAUUAUAGCAUGUAUAUUUUUUGUGAUAUAACUUACGACGUAAAUUUUCACUUUUUCUCAUAUAAUUAAUUAUGAAUUACUUGUAAUUAAAAUAAUAAACAAAAUUGCAUGGCAUUUCUAAAGUUAUUUAUUUAUUUUGGACAACCAACAAUAGAUACAAUAGAUAGACAGUUAAAUAGAGGUUGAAAAGGUUUUUUGACAAAUGUUCUGCUAAUUAUAGGUUAUCACAUCAUUCAUAAAAGAAUCACAUUAUAAAUAGUCUUUAAAUUCUUAUGCAUGACAUAGCUAGCAGUUUUAUUCCAAAUUUAGCCAGUAUGUGUAUUACACUACUACAAAUGCAAAAACUUCUCCAAGCUGAUUUAUAUGUAUAUUUUUAAUUAUAACGCAUAAUAUAUAUUAAAGAAAUUUCGUUUGUGAUGAUGCCUUGAAAUAAAAACACCCAUCUGCAUGUAAAUGUAAAAGAGAAAGAUACACUAAAGCACGGAUGGUCUGUUGAUAUUUGAGAAUUUUGAAUGUUGCUUAAGGAUGAUGUCAUGCAGAAUUUAAAUUAGGUAUCAUAUAUUUUGGCUCAGAGUACAUAUGUAACCAGUAAGCACAAACACAGUUGUAUUGAUUUAUUAAAUGUAUAGAAAUCUAACAGCCUUGCUUAUAAAUGUUGUUCAGCGAGUGAUUAAUUUAACAAUGCCGUGUCUUCUUCUUUCGAAUGUCAAAUAAGUAAUGAUAGAAAGAGAAAUCAGUAAUCAACUUAUCAGUCACUAAGUAACAUUUAUAAGUAAGGAAAAUACUAGAGAUAUACAGUUUUAGAGAAUUAAGCUUUACGGUCAAUCAACAAACAUAUUUCAUAAGUCAAGCCAAAACUAAAAUAAAGUUAAAUAAUAAUUGUGAAGACCAAGCAUUAUGACUUUACCUUAUGUGGCUUAAUGGGGAUGAUUAAUUAAACAAGGUUGUCCUUUUCUCUUGAAUGUCAAAUCAAUAAUGACCGAAAGAGAAAUCUUAGAAUUCCUUCUGACAAAUAGUCUAACAUUACUGAGUAAGAUGAACUGCAAAAAUUGGUUUUGUUAUAUUUAUUGUAAAUAAUACUUGUAUAGAAAAUUAUGUAAUCAAUACUUCAAUAUAUCAGUGUAUUUAUGAUGAAUAUAUUCUAAACUAGGCCUUAUAUGCCAAAUAAAAAAUUAAAUGAACUAUAUAUUUUUAUUAAUAGUUAUACAUUAACAUUGUGCAAUAAGCUAACUCAUUACAAUAAAUAUUUAAAGCUUUUCUUAAGUAACUAAUAAGUAACAUAUGACGGAUUAUGUCGUGCAUUAAUUACGAAUAAUA